GCUAGAAGGGAAUCUUUUUAUUAUUAGAAUAUGAUCAGAGUAUAUCCGAAUAUGUUGUGAAGAAGCUCACGAGAUUAGUCAUGCUGACAUAGGAACUAGCUGUCUUGAGCAAAUCAUUCAUCCCCGAGAUCUGACACAUCCUCCUAUCAAAGUUCGACACGUCACAACCAAUCCUCUCUUUCGCGGCGCCUUGUACCUGCUUCGCUGAUUUCAGACCGGUCCCAUCUCCGCCCUUCCCCACUGCUAUAUAAACUCUCUUCACUUUUCUCUCAAAAAUAAAAACAAAAAAAAACAUUUAUUUUUUCCCCCUUUCUUUGAAUUUUUAAAACCGAUGGAUCGUCAAAAUUCUGAUGACAUCGUGAGAUUUCUCGAUGGAAUGGCUAGCUCCGACGACGUUCUAUUCGGUUUCCUCGACGAAGGAAACCAGUCACCGGAAGACUUCCCGGACUCCGGUAACCUCAACGGUGGUGGAGAUAUAGACGAUGUUGACGACAAUAGCAAUUGCAAUCCUGAAGAAAACAAAGCUUUCUGGCAGGAACAAGAAAAACUUCUUCAGGGGACACUGUAUCGGACAAGUUCAAUUGAGACAAAGAUUAGACAAGCGACAAAGGAAGCACUGAAAGAAGUUAAAGCAAAGGGUCUUUAUUGUGUCUGCCGACGACCCGUUGCUGGCGGUUGCCGGAGCUGCUUACGUGGUGAAAUCUCUAGACACCUUCGAGAUGUGGCCGGCUACGACUGCGUCAUCUCCAAAUCCAAGUGGAGAAGCUCUCAAGACAUCCCUGCAGGGGAACACGAAUACAUAGAGAUCUUGGACCGGUCUGGUUCGAAGAAAGGCGAGAUGCGAGUGGUGAUUGAGUUAUCAUUCAGGGCAGAGUUCGAGAUUGCAAAAGGCGGUGAAGAGUACAAAAGGCUUAUCAGCCGAUUGCCGGAGGUUUACGUCGGAAAAACCGAGAGGCUCAGAUCCCUGAUCAAGAUAUUGUGCAUCGCCGGGAAGAAAUGCUUGAGAGACAAGAAAAUGCAUAUGGGACCCUGGAGAAAACACAAGUACAUGCAAGCCAAGUGGCUUGGCACGUGCGAUAGAUCGAGCUCCUUGGAAGCGGCCGUGGUCUCGGAGACCAAUGAACCGGAGAAUUGGGUGCCGCUGGUGAAGCCUAGGGUUUCCAUGCUGAACUACGAUGGUCUGUCUACCGGGAUGGGCCGUUCUGCCGCUGUAACAGUCGUGUGAUAUGUGUGUGACGCAAGUACUAUCGAUGACUUGUAAUUAUUAAUUUAUUUGAUUAGAGGAAGUGGAGGAGAGUUACAUUAGUUCUGCGUUCCCGAUUUGGAGUUAACCGGAGUAUGUCUCAAUGACGUUGGCUCUUGCGUGAUGAAAAAACGUUCAAGUCAUCGUGCAACAUGCAUGAAGCAUUGAGAUUUCUUUCAUAGAUAGGAAUGAUUAAGAUUUUACAGGAAUACUA